AUCGUUCCCUCCAAGCAGAAAUGUCAAAAUGGCGUCAACGCAGGACGCUUGGUAUAUUUCUUUACUUGGUUUAGCAGAACAUUUCCGUACAUCGAAUCCUCCUGACAUAAAAAGUUGCAUCCAGUGCCUACAAGCCGUAUUUAAUUUCAAACCACCACAAAGAGUCGAAGCCAGGACACAUUUACAACUUGGAAAUAUUCUUUUGACACACACCAAAAACAUCGACUUGGCGAGAACGCAUUUAGAGCAGAGUUGGUGCAUGUCACAGACUAUCAAUGGGUUUGACGAUGUUAAGUUCGAGGCAGCAAGUGUGCUGGCAGAUCUGUUUGAGGCCCAGGGCCAGCCGUCACAUUCAAAGCCCAUCCUACGGAAGGCCAUUGAGUUGUCACAGCACAGUGUGUACUGGCACUGCAGACUUAUAUUCCAACUGGCACAAAUCCACGCAACUGAGAAGGAGUAUGAGGUGGCAAGCAGUUUGCUAGGCGUUGGAGUGGAUUAUGCACAGAUAUCCAAUGUGGCUUACACACGCGUCCUUUUCUUACUCAGUAGGGUUAUGCUGUUAUUAAUAGACAAAAGGAUCACAGAAGUGUUACCACUUUUGAACCAGGCGGGACACCUAGUGGACGCCUGGACCGGCAGUGUUCACCAGAAAGAGUACCUUAAAGUCUUCUUCCUUGUACUGCAGGUAUGUCACUACUUAAUGGCGGGGCAGGUGAAGAGCGUGAAGCCGUGCCUCAAGCAGCUGCAGCAGAGCAUACAGACGAUCAUGGCGCCGACGUGGCCAGAUGAUGACGCGGUAUGCGGCACGGCGCAAGGCGAGUCGUUCGUGUGGCUGUCCCGGCAGCAGCUGUACGUGCUGGUAUACCUGGUCACCGUGAUGCACUCGGCGCAGGCCGGCUACAUGGAGAAGGCACACAAGUACACUGAAAAGGCGCUCGCGCAGAUCGAUAAGCUUACUUCAAAAUCAAGCGACGAAAAAGACAAGUGCGAGAAGGAGGAGAGAGAGCAGGCGCGGAGCCGGAAGGGCGCCAUCUUGGCGUGGCGCCUGCGCAUGGCGCUGGUGGAGCACGCGGCGCUGUGCCGCCUGGUGGCGGGCGGCAAGGCGCAUGCGCUGCACGAGAUAGCCCGCGCCGCGCAUCUGCUCACACAGGCGCCUGAGCCGGCGACGGCAGCCCUGCACACGCCGCAGCUGCACUGCCUGCUGGGGCUGUACGCCAUGUCCAUGAACUGCAUGGACGCCGCCGAGGCGCAGUUCCACACUGCCAUUAAUAUGUCACAAGAAAGAGAUUUAUGGAUGUUCGCGAAACUUAACCUGGCUAUUGUAUAUUUACGAGGGCGACGGGACAGCGAACUCACAAUACUUAUGGAACAAGUGCGGCCGGAGUCGCUGCCGACGUACGCGCACGGGCUGCGGGCGGCGUCCUACUACGUGCUGGGCCUGCAGGCCUUCUUCCAGGCGCGGUACAACGAGGCCAAGAGGUACCUCCGCGAGACUCUAAAGAUGGCGAACGCGGAAGACCUGAACCGGCUGACGUCAUGCUCGCUCGUGCUGCUGGGACACAUAUUCCUGUCCAUCAACAACUCGCGCGAGAGCAUGAACAUGGUGACGCCCGCCAUGCAGCUCGCCAGCAAGAUACCCGACGUGCAUGUGCAGUUGUGGGCUUCAGCUAUACUGAAAGACCUGUACCGGCUGGCGGGCGACUCGGAGCGCGAGAACGAGGCGUACCAGAUGCACUGCAACUUCUCGCAGGCGCUGCUGAAGGACCACUUCCAAGCGACGCAGCUGCCGCAGCACGCGCUCGUGCACUGGACGGCCGGCCCGCCGCCCGCCAUAGCUCCGCCCGACCGCUCCUAGUGCUCUAGUGCCCGUGCUGUGCCCCGGCCGGCCGGCCCGCCGCCCGACCGCUCCUAGUGCGUCAGUGCUGUGCCAGUGACUGUGACACUCUAGUGCUACCCCGUGCCGCGUACUCGAGCUUCAUCGCAACCGUCAAUUAACAUCAUCCUCAUCAUACAUCCUCACACUUGGGUUCAUCUGUUAGGCUUGUACGGCAAUGGUUAGUGCUCAAUUGUAUCCCAAAUGUCAUCGAUAUGUUACUGAACCGAUUUCGCCUUCAUUUGUCUCCGGUUGAGACUCGGUGUGGUUUAGAAUUGGUUUGUUAUGCAUUGUACAUGAUAGGUUAUCAUCUUGAGUGAUUGUUGAGUUUGUAAGUUGUGACAAUAAUAUCAUAUCAGACGAGUAUGUGUCUGGGUGUAUCGUGAGUGCACCGGUGUGUGUCGCGAUACUGUUGUAUAUCGGUUCUCAUAUAUUGUGUCUGAUCUCAUUCAUUUAACGUCAUCACACGUGAAGCGACGCCAGGGGGAAGUUACCGUGACCAGUAUCUAAUGACAUUUUAAUUGACUCAAAAUAUGGAGGGUUAUUUUCGAAAAGUAUUUUUUUAAGAUUCGGUUUAAUGGAAAUGAUUCGGAAUUUCUAAGAAUGUUGUUAGAGUUAAAUUUAAAGUUCGUUUGUAGACUGACUGCAAAUCAACAUCAACAUGCACUUAAUUUACUGCCUAAUGUACAAUUUGAGGUGUAAUGCAAUUAGUUGUGAGUGCAGUUGUCUUCCAAACUGCCUGAGUUAUCUCCAUAGUGAGAUUUCAUAGUUUUAUUGCUUUCUUGUGUAAAUUCAGUGAUUGUGAAUGCCAGUAGAAGAUUUUAGAUGUAGCAGUAAUGUUUCCCGGCUUCCCCCGCCGCUGGUGACGGGGCCACACUUCCUCAAGUACCCGAAGACAACGCGCCAAAGGAGAGAGAGCAUAAUACAUUGUCUUAUUUUGCACAAUACACAGUUGAAUUGUGGGCAAACAUUUUAAAAUUUUAAUUGUUUAUGCAGAUAAUACGGACUGAUAUAUAAAUUAAUUGUACAUAAUGUGUCAAAAUAUGAACCUGAGAAAGAACAAAACGUCUCAUAUUUAUUAUUAUUAAUCUUAACUUUUAUUUUAUUAGUUAUUUCCUUAGUAACUUGUUAGGAGUGAGCGGAUAUUGUUGAUAUGCUGGUUAAUUAAUUUUAUAGUAGCAUUUUGUUGUUGCAGUCGGUCUCAAUAGAUUGUUUCACUACAUAGUUUGUCACAAUAACUGUUGAUAUCUUUCCAUGUUCAUAUUAUUUUUGUAAUAUAAUGUAGAGACAACCGUUUUCUUUAUCACGAAACGACUUCUAUUGAAAUCGAACGCACCGACACUUGAAUCACACAAUCUUUCGUAAAAUCAAAAUUGAAAGAAAUCUGUACACAUAUUUUAUUUUAGUAAUUCCCUUUCGAACAGUUAGAUGUGGCCUUAGACAGAGGGUACACUUGCUGCUGUUAAUAUGUAAAUAAAAGUUGAAUUAUUGUAAAUAAUAAAAUUAUAAAAUAUAUGUUUUUUGCUAUA